GGGAAAGGAUUCACUCAGUCAUCUCAACUGAAUGAACACCAGCGAGUUCACACUGAGAAGAUGCCGUUCACCUGCUCAGACUGUGGGAAGGGAUUCACUCACUCAUCUAAACUACAGAGACACCGGGGAGUUCACACCAGGGAGAAGCCAUUCACCUGCUCAGACUGUGGGAAGCGAUUCACUCACUCAUCUAAACUACAGAGACACCGGGGAGUUCACACCAGGGAGAAGCCAUUCACCUGCUCAGACUGUGGGAAGCGAUUCACUCACUCGGGCACACUGAAGAGACACCAACGAGUUCACACUGGGGAGAGACCACUCACCUGCUCUGAAUGUGGGAAGGAAUUCACUCACUCAUCCACCCUUGUGAAGCACUGCCGAAUUCACACUGGGGAGAAGCCGUUCACCUGCUCUAUGUGCGGGAAUGGAUUCGCGCAUUCAUCCACCCUUGUGACACACUCCAGAAUUCACACUGGUGAGAGGCCGUUCACCUGCUCUGAAUGUGGGAAGCGGUUCACCCGUUCAGCUCAACUGAUAGAACAUCAGCGAAUUCACACUGGGGAGAAACCGUUCAUCUGCUCUGAAUGUGGGAAGGGAUUCAUUCAGUCAUCUCAACUGAAGGUACAUCAGCGAAUUCACACUGGGGAGAAACCGUUCAUCUGCUCUGAAUGUGGGAAGGGAUUCAGUCGGUCAUCCAACCUUGUGAAGCACUACCAAGUUCACACUGGGGAGAAACCGUUCACUUGCUCUGAAUGCGGGAAGGGAUUUGCUGAGUUACCUGAUCUGAAGAAACAUCGUCGAGUUCACACUGGUGAGAGGCCGUUCACAUGCUCUGAAUGUGGGAAGGGAUUCACUCAGUCAUCCGCCCUUGUGACACACUACCGAAUUCACACUGGGGAGAAGCCGUUCACCUGCUCAGAUUGUGGGAAAGAAUUCACACGGUCAUUUGACUUAAAAGUACAUCAGCGAGUUCACACUGGGGAGAAACCGUUCACCUGCUCAGAUUGCGGGAAGGAAUUUGCUCGGUCAUCUCAACUGAAGGUACAUCAGCGAACUCACACUGGGGAGAGGCCAUUCAACAGCUCUGAAUGUGGAAGGAAUUCACCCAGUCAUCCAGCCUUGUGAGGCACUGCUGAAUUUACAUGAGGGAGAGAUGGUUCACUUGUUCAGAUUGUGGGAGGAGAUUCACUCAGUUAUUUGACUUUAAAGUACAUCAGCAAAUUCACACUGGGGAAGGCCACUCAUCUGUUCUGAAUGUGGGAAACGAUUCACUCAGACAUCUCAACUGAAUAAACAUCAGUGAGUUCACACUGGGGAGAAGCCGUUCAUCUGUUCUGACUGUGGGAAUGAAUUCACACAUUCAUCUCACCUACCGACAGACCAGACUGUUUUCAGCAGUGAGAGGACGUUGACCUGCUCAGACUGUGGGAAGGCAUUCACACACUCAUCCACACUGCAGAGACAGUGGCGGGUUCACACUGUGGUGAUGGUGGUCACCUGCUCUGAAUGUGGGAUGGGUUUCAAUCAGUCACUCAUCCUUGUUUCACCCUGCUGGGCUUUGACCCAUCGUUAAUCGGAGAGAUCAGAAGCUUGAGAGGACGUAAUUCCCUCGGGUUCGCCGAUCGAGUAAUAAAGGCAAUGGUUCAGGGCAGGUUAUUUUUGAGCUUUCACCAGUGGCCAAUCAAGAUUCAGGAUUGAUUAUCAAGAAGAUCUUAAAAUUGGGCAGGAGCAAGUGGAGCGGCCAGUGUUGGAGUGGGCAGAGUCAGAGCGGAGACUUUGAGGCUUUACCUCUUUGAUGUUUAAGUCAGGAGAACAUUCUGUCAGAGAAGACAAAAUUAUGCUGGAGCUUGAAUUUUUUUGCCCCCUUCUUUACAUUUGCUCAGUUAGAGCAGUAGAGAUACCAGGCAGGAUAGCGGGAAGCUCCUCUUGCGGGAUGUGGGAAGGCAGGGGACCCUCCUGUGUCCCUGAUAACUACACCUGUGAGAAGGGCAUCCAGCUGCAGCUCCGAACAGUCCAUGUUAAGGUGGAACUGGAUGAACUCCAGAUCAUUCGGGAGGCUGAAUAGGUGAUAGGCAGGACAUAUAGAGAGGUAGAUGCACCCAACCCCGAACGGGGGCCCCGAACGUCGGCGACCGAUGGUGGAAGAAGGACGACUGAGUGAGCUCCACCUUCUGUGCACAGACUGUUUACUAAGACUUGGGCCCCUUUUCUUUUAUGUUUUGUUUCUCUACUAACCAUAUCGUCAAAGUAAGGGUUAUAAA